AUGAUGGCGGUGCAGAUGGCGGUUAAUUCAGGUACCAGUCUGUGGGGCUCACUCAAAGAGCUCUCGGAAACUGUGGAUGGAGCUGUGCUGAGGAGGCAGUCGGACUGUGUCCAUGUUCUUGAUCUACUACUGAAAAAACACAAGCAACAAUUUCUGCCACUUUUUAAGAAUCCUCCCAAGAGUUCAGAUCAGCGAGAGAAAGUGCGUAAGGCCAGCACUGAAGGCAUCACCAUUCAGGGGCAGCAGGGUUCACGCCUCAUCCCUGAGCAGUUGCUCACUGAAGCCUUCAUUAUCAGUGAUCUAUUUGAAAUUGGAGAGUUGGCAGCAUUAGAACUAAUAUUGGCAGGUGAGCAUCAAAAGCCUCAUUUUCCUGGUCUAUCACGCGGGCUGGUGGCUGUACUGCUCUACUGGGAUGGAAAACUCUGUGUGGCCAAUUCUCUCCGAAAACUUAUUCAGACAAGACGUGGAAAAACAUUUACCCUAAAUUUAAGUGGAGAGCUUGUGGCAUUGGCGACGCGUUUCACAGAUGACCUUAUGAGCCAGGGACUGACCAAGCGCAUCCUCUCAUUAGUCUCUGACAUCAGCGUAACACGCGAGUUUGAGCGACUACAGAAGGAGCGUGGUUUGGGCAAUGAGAAACACAGAAAAGAGGUCUCUGACUUGAUCAAAGACUGCAGACUGGCCCUGGCAGAUAGUCUGUUUUCGUGGACAUGCCAGUCACCUCUGUCUGAAGAUGACACCCUGGCCCUCAUUGGCCACCUGGAGACGGUUACGGCUCAAGCUGAUGGUUCUUUGGAUGACGUCAGCCUUGCUCUUGUCAUGGCUUUACUCUACUGUAUGGAUGUCAGUUUUAUAGAGCAGGGGACAGAAGAUCGAGAAGAUUUGCUCCAGGGUUUGCCGUUGCUCACAGAGAGGCAGUAUGUAUCUGCAGUUCACAAUCGUCUACUGAGUAACCAGCCCUGGAAGCUUCCCGGACUGCAAGCAGUUUGUCGUCUGGCCUGGGCUUUGUCGCUAAGGGUCCUUUCACAGCUCCCCCAAGGAUCUGGCCUUGUUGAAUUCACGGAGGCAGAUGAGGUUCUGGUGGAUCAGGCUUUACUUGGGGAUGUCUUUCUAUUCAUGAGGGAGGGCAUGUUGGGAUGCGAGAGUUUCACCCAAGAAGAGUUUUACAUCCGCCGACUUCAUUCACUCAUCACAGACUUUUUGGCUCUCAUGCCCAUGAAGGUGAAACAGCUCCGUAAUCGCGCUGAUGAAGAUGCUCGGCUCGUCCACAUGUCUUUACAGAUGGAUAGUGAGAUUCCCGCAUCUUUGCGCAAAGAUCUCGAUCACCUUAUGACUCUAAUUGGAGAGUUUUACAGUAAAGACCAUUUUGGAUUGGAACUUGCGCUGGAGUUCUGGUGUCCCACUGAGUCCCUUCAGCACACCAGUCUGCACGGCUCCUACUUGGGAAUGGCAAUCCAAAGACCUCCACACAAACAAGUUGUUCUGUCAAAGUUUGUGCGACAGAUGGGGGAUCUUCUGCCCUCCACCCUUUACAUUUCUUACCUGCACAUGCUCAAAGGCCUGUCAAACGGCCCUCAGUGCGCCCACUACAGCUUCAGUCUGCUCAAAACCAAUGGACCCACUUACAGUGACAACAUUCAAGGGGUGUCAGGAAGCCCAGUGUCGUGGGAGCACUUUUUCCACUCUCUCAUGUUGUAUCAUGAGAACUUGAGAAGAGACCUCCCAAACCCAGAUGCAGCUCACUAUCGCCACCCACCAAUAAGAGGAAUCACCCAGAGAGAACUGGACGGACUCACUGCUUUUCUCGAGCUCCUCACAACUAUAAUAACUUGGAGUGAGAAUGCUCGACUGGCACUCUGUGAGCAUCCGCAGUGGACGCCUGUGGUCGUGAUGUUGGGUUUACUCCAGUGCAGUGUUCCACCAGUGCUGAAAGCAGAACUCCUCAAUUGCUUGGCGGCUUUUGGGAAGUCUCCGGAGAUAGCUGCUUCACUGUGGCAAAGUCUUGAAUACACUCAGAUUCUCCAGACUGUACGAGCUCCUGGGCAAAGGCAAGCUGCUGGACUUGAGGUGGAACUGAAUGAAAUUGAGUCGAGUUGUGAGGAGUACCCCCUCACACGAGCCUUCUGCCAUCUGAUCAGCACACUCGUCGAAAGCAGCCUUCCCCUUAAUCUGGGCGCUGGCCUUCGGGUUCCAGGUUUCCAACCAUAUUUGAAUUUCCUGCGGGAAGGCGUGUUCCUGCCUUUUCCAACCAGAGCAUACAGGCGCCCUGGCGAGAAGUGGGAGGUUGCGGACGCUGUUCUGGAGGUGUUUCACAAGCUGUUGCGUGACUACGAGCCGCAGUCCUCUGACUUUAUUCAGGAAAUGGUGGAGCUACAGGGAGAGCAGAUCCCAGCUCACAAACCUCCAGGUCACAGUAUAAUGUUCCACCUGCUCAACGACUCGCCCACACUGGCCCUCUGCCUCAGCCUGCUGGAGGAGGGCGUCCGGCAGCUCGACACCUACGCCUCGUUCCCUGGAAAAGGGCACCUGGAGUCUGCCGUGCUUCACUGUCUGUGCUUGAUCGACCUGGCUCUGCAGAAGCAGCUGGUGUUCAUGGACCUCCUCAGAGAAAGUCAGUCCUCUCUGCUCAUUUUUCCAUUGGAGCAGCUGCUGCAGGGGGUGAGCUCUCAGACCAAAAGAGCAGACCACAUUGUCAAUAUUGCGAGGUACCUUUAUCACAGCACUUCCAACCCUGAAGCUGCUUUUCAAAGUUCAAAGAUCCUGCGGCAUAUUGCCAAAUAUCCUAACAUUCAAACAAGACUUGUGGGAGAUUUCACACAUGACCAGACUGUGAGCAACAAGUUGAUGGCCGGUUUUGUAGAAUGUCUGGACAAUGAUGAAGCAGAAGAGGGAACAGAGAAGGAAGAAGAGUUAGAUCCACAAAGAAGGAUUGGAAGAAUCCGUCACAAAAUCCAGGUUCAUAUUUUGAACCUCCUUAUCACAUCUCUGGAGCUAAAGACCCCCAAUCUCGGUCUUUAUCUUUUGGGAUACGAAGUGAAGAAGCCAGUGUCUUCCACCAACCUCCAAGACCCAGGUGUAUUGGGGUGUCCCAGGAGCUGCUUACAUGCUAUAUUGAGUUUGCUGCAGAGGGGCACUGAAAAGCGGUCCGGUCCUAUACUCACUCAGAAAGCCCCACACUUGGCUGAACUCUGUUACCAGGUAAUCUACCAGCUUUGUGCGUUCCCCGACACAUCUGGACCCACAAUGCGCUUUCUCAGAACCAGCCAGGACUUCCUCUUCUCCCAUUUGCAACACUUGCCUUUCAUUCUGUCAAGUAAUGAGAUCGCUGCGCUCUCCCAGAUGUCAUGGCUCAUGAAAACCGCAGCUAUUGAACUAAGGGUGACCUCUCUAAAUCGCCAGCGGUCGCACACACAGCGCCUUGUCAACCUGCUUCUGGAUGAUCAGCCUUACACUCAACACACAGCUGAUGGAGAGUCAGGGAUGGAGGAGGAGUCUCGAUCUGUCAGCGGUUUUCUUCAUUUUGACUCCGUCUCGAAAGUGCGUAGAAAGCUGCUCAGUGUCCUGGAUGCCAUUGAUUUUAGCCAAGACAUGCCUGAACUGCUGCAGCUGGACUUCUUUGAGCGCACUCAGAUCGAGCAGGUCAUCUCCAACUGUGAGCAAGUCAAUGAUCAAGGACACACGGUCUGCAAUGUCAAGUUGCUGCAUCGAGUGCUGGUGGCUGAAGUCAAUGCUCUGCAGGGAAUGGCUGCCAUUGGACAAAGACCACUGUUGAUGGAGGAGGUGAACUCCAUCCUGCAGCAGGUGGUGGAACGGAACAGGGUGCGGCGGAGUCUGAACGCCAAACGCCACGCUCUUCAAUCCUGGAGGAACCUGGUGGAGACGCUGCUCACUGCGUGUCCCUCAGACCUCAUCCCAGCAGAGGACCGGCAGCUCAUCAUCAGGGACCUGCUGCUCGACCUGCACGACAAGGUGUUGUCUGAGGACGCUGCAGGCGAGCUCAUGCCCAUCGUGGCCGGUGCAGUCUUCACGCUGACCGCUCAGCUCAAUCAGUCCGUUCUGUCGGAGCAGCAGAGCCCCGCGGUCACAACCUCCUCUGGCUUUGCCUCCAUCGCAAACUCCUCUCUCCACCUGAUCCUUCGCAAGCUGCUGGACUUUAUUCUUUCUACCGGCGGUGGAUACCAGCGAUUACGUGCUCACCUCUACGGCUCUUUACUGUACUACCUUCAAAUCGCCCAGAAACCAGAAGAACCCGACACUUUGCAGUCGGCAGGGAAUGCGAUGUGGGAGCGUCUCACGUCCCCAGAGGAUACUUUCUCUAAACUUCAGAAGGAAAACCUCCUCAUUAUUGAAAACUACGGAAAAUCUCUGAUGGAAGUGGUUUGUCGAGAUGCGUGUGAUGGCCAUGAUAUUAGCAGGAUGCUGGCCUUGGCGGUGCUGGACAGAAUUCUCUCCAUUGACCGUCAAAACCAGUGGCUCUUGUACAUCUGCAACAGUGGGUACCUGCGGACACUGGUGGAGAGUCUGAGGCAGGAUGAUGGUGCCCUGCAGAGCCUACUGAGUCCACAGCCCCCCCUCUUCAAACCACUCUACAUUUAUGAGAGCAAGAUGGCCCUGCUCACUCGAGUGGCAAAAACAGGCCAGGGCGCCGUGGAGCUGCUGCGCUGUGGACUGGUGUCUCACCUCACGGAGUGUCAAGUGUUUGACAUGAUUCCAGACAGUGAUGCCCACAGAGUAAUGAGGGAUCCUUCAGGCUUCAUCCCUAGCCCGAUGGACCGCUAUAGACAGAUACUUUUGCCUGCAUUAAGACUCUUUCAGAUCAUCUUGACUUCUACCACUAUGAAUCACCAGCAGGGGGCAGCACAGAUUCUUCAGUGGUUGAUAGUCCACGCAGACACCAUUCAGUCUCUGCUGCGCUGUCAGGAGCUCAGCAUGGGGGCGUUACAGCAGCUCUCUCUGCUCACCGGCAUCAUCAGUAAGACUGCUCUGCCAGGUGUCCUUGAAAUGGGUGAAGUCAGCAGUGCGGUGCUUAUGGAGUUUCAAGGUCACAUCACAAGAUUCCAGCGCCUGAGUCUGUCUUUGCUCAGUCGCCUUGCUGGAAGUGAACGUGAGCGAUUACUGAAACAGGCAGAGAUCAACGCACCUGGAGAAUCAGCUGAACAAAGAGAGGAGAUGGAGGUGGCCAUGCAGCAGGUUUGUGCAAACAUCAUGGAGUACUGCCAGACGCUGCUGCUGCAGAGCUGCUCCCAGGCUCAGUUCAGUAUCUGCCUCUUCAGUCCGUCUGGCAGCGAGCCGGCGGGCAGAGACGGAGGCCGAUCAGAUUUGUCUUCAGUGCCUCUUAUGUCGUCCUCACGAGCUCCAAGCCUGGGCCUGGUGCUGUACCUGCUCAAGAACACAGCUACAGACUUCUUCCGCUUUCACCAGAGCCACAGACAGAGUCUGAGCAAACUGCAGAGUUUGGAUCAACUGCCCCCUGAGGAGCUGAAGGAGCUGUGCCAAGGCCUUGUAGCUGGUCCAGGAGCAGUUGAGAAAACUUCUUCAGUUCAAAGAAGUCUGCUGGCAAAGAAACGUCUCGUCCAACUUGUGAACAACAGAGCCAAGCUCCUGGGACUAUGCUCGUAUAUCAUUGAAACUUGUUUGUUUGUUUUCUGGCGCCACCUGGAGUACUACUUGCUACACUGUACUCCCAAUGACCCCAAAGACACUCUGAUGCCUGGAUCCAGUUUAUACAGAUCACGGCUCAGAGAUGACGUGUUUAGUGGGCUGCAGUCUGGUGGCAGUCGUGGUCUUUCUCGUGUGAGCCAAUCAGAUCUGGACCUGCUCAAAGGAGACAUGGCGGCGGGCUUUGGAGAGGCGCUGCAGAGGAAGCUGUUGGAGGUGGAGGCCUUGUACAGCCAGGUCCGAUCACGCUAUACUUUCAUCCAGGCCCUGGUGCGCCGGAUCCGCGGCCUUGUCCGACCGACCAAGAGCUGA